AUGAAGGCAUUCAAGCUUCUCCUCUUCAUAUUCCUGUCACUUUUCAAUCUUGGACAAGGAUCCAAGCUCGCUGCCCCCAGCGAGAUGCUCGCCAUGUACAACGCAUAUGUUUUGGACUUUCUCAAGAACGGAGCAACACGUACUCUGGGACCGAGCCUUGACAGUAAGGCCUUGGUUGACUUUGGAACCUUUGUGUCGCACAUCUAUACGAGGGCAAAGUUUCCCCGAAAUGGGGUUUUCUUGAGCCAAACCCCAGAAUACAGCAAAGAUACAUUGGGCCAAAUCAAUAAAUUCUUGGGAAAGAAACCCUACUACGACACACAAUAUCUGCUACGAGAGGGGAAACUUUUGCCGAAGUCGCAUAAGGUUAUCCUCGAGCGGCUCAGUGAUAUCGUUAAAUCGACCCGAGGUAGUACCGCGCCGGGCUUCUCAGACGCAUGGAAAACCCAUCUCCCCGAGUUCAAGCGGGCUUUAGCAGGUACCCAAGGGGCGCGGCUAAGUGAGAUGUUCUCAGUCGGACUGAAGCCAUUGUUUGAGAACAAAUAUCUCGGAAAGACUCUGCAGUCUUCGUCAUUUCCUGUAAUGGACACAGACGUUUCAUACGAUCGCGAGAACUGGGGAUUGACUUUGACGGCCAAUGGCGGUCAAGUAUCUACAGCUCAGGAGUACAAAACCUGGUAUGUUGGUCUUCGGAACAGCAAAGAUCCCGGUGCGCGGUCUUACAUGAACCAUCAAAAGAUCACUACCACGAUUGGUCGGAGCUUGACUGAGUUGGACAGCUUGGAUAGUUGUGAUUAG